AUCUGGAUCAACCAAAAGGAGGGGACGUUAUAUACCGGAUUUGCCGGUACCGCGUCACGGUUUGGGGACCAAGCGUUCUCCCCGCAGGGACUUUGGGUGUUUAGACCAGACGAUUCGGCCGGGGGUUCAUGGGGAUGUCUUAAUGGGAGUACCGAUUCAUGGUUCACGACACAACCGCGUCCUUCGCAGGUACAAGUGGCUAGCGGACGUGGGUACGGGUUUCUUUUCGGUGCUGGAAACGGGACUGUGCCUGGGAAUUUGACCGGGCCGGGUACUGGACCGGGAACUGGAACGGGGACUGGAACGGGAACCGGGGUUGGUUCCAUCAUCUACGACAUGUCCAACCAAAAAGUCUAUAACUACACUGGUUCCGGACCCAACACCGUCGGCCGCAGCGCCCCGAACCUCAACGGUACGACCUACAUCCCUAACUGGGGGAACCGCGGCAUCAUCGUUGGUGUUGGUGAUACACUAUCGGCCCCACGAAACGGGAAUACCAGCCAGCCAAGUCCGCCUUCUUUCGAGACAAUACACAUCUACGACGUCGAUAAGGAGCGCUGGUAUGACCAAAAGACCACAGGAGCUGUUCCUGAGCCACGCAAAGAUUUCUGCAUUACCGGGUCGCCAUCCAGGAACCAGACACAUGAAAUCCUAGUCUAUGCGGGCUGGAACGGGCAGUCGGGACCCAGCGCGACGGCGUAUGACACAGCCCAUGUUCUGUCGUUGCCGGGGUUUUACUGGGUGAAGGUUGACUAUGAAGCUGCCCACCCCCGACACGGGCUCAGCUGCGAGGAUGUGGGUGGUAGUCAGAUUCUGGUCAUUGGUGGUGUGGACUCGACACAGAACGGGAGUGAUUCAUACGCAGCGGGGUUUAUGACGAAGGAUCCGUUUCCGAAUGGACUGGCUGUCUUUGAUCUAGCCGAGUUGGCGUUUGGGCCUGUGUUCCACUCACAGCGGUACCCUCAGCCUCCCUCUCCGAGAAUCUCGGCGUACUAUGAUGACUAG